AUGAAUUCAGCCUCGCCUGACAUGGAGAGAAGUGAAGAUUUGCAUUUAAACUCAGCACCGCAUACAGAAUAUGGAGUCGAAGAAGAUAACAAUUAUGAUCCAUAUUUUAAGAUGCCAGAAUCCAGUUCUGGGGAUGAUCAAUCAUUUUCAACAGACUCAAGCCACACUGUCAGCUGUACAGUCAGCAUUGCAUUAGCUAUAUUUAAAGAGCAUGAGGAGUGUUUUACAGAGAAAAGAAAAAAAGGGACAAAGAACGAGUCAUCCAAUGAGGUAGUGGAGGCCCCCAGAGCCGAGGGCUAUUAUUGCAUUGAGUACAACAUGCUGCCUGAUGACCCUGAACCAACCAGAGUGGAUCUAGUGAUGUUUGGAUUAGCAGCUAAACUCUACAUGGCCAGUGAGACUAAGGUGCUGAAACCUUGGCGAGAAGGAAACCAGGUGUGGGUGAGCUGGUCUCAGACUCUAAAACUUAAAGUGACUAAAGAGCUCUUAAUUAAGAUGGCAGCCCAUAAGAUCACAGUGAAAGUUUGGGACAGCAAAGAAAAGUUGUCCUUCAAAGCCAGGAAUGACAGACCCAAAGCCUUCAGACUACCACAGGACAGAUCCGGAGAAGAUCCAGACCAAAUGGGUGGCAUCAAGAAGGUGGUCUGUAAGAUGAGAGCUAUCUAUGAGAAGGAGAACCUGAGGACAAGGAAAUCUAUGAAACACUGUGGCGAUCCAGUGUCAGUCUCAGGAAUCGCGCCCACUAAGAAGACACUUUUCCCAGAGAUCACAGAACACACAGAGGUCAAUGUGGAAAAGGAGGCCGCCUUCUUGGAACUCAGUUUUACUCCUCUUCUUGCAGGGAGUACGAUGCUCACUGACUCCUUGGGAUUCUGCUCUGGAGGAGUGAAAGAGGGAUUCUGGAAUGUCACUUUGGAUCGACAACUUAUAUCCAAGGAGUUAAAGGUUGAACUCAAUCCACUAGUCAUCAGAGUUUUAUCAGCUUGUUCUCUGCCGUCACCUCCCAUCCAGGCAAAAUGUCUUCCUGUCUACUGUCAAUACAAGUUCCACAACAAGCCUAUUCACAGAACCAAAGGCUAUGAUCAUAGCGCUAAUAUCUGCUUCAGAGAUGUGAAUGUGAUUUUUACUGGACUUAUGAGCCAUGGAAAGUUGGUUGAGUUCCUUAGAGGUCCACCAAUAGAGAUUGAAGUCCAUGAUCGGGAUAGAAAGAAUGAAAAACGCAUUGGUAAACCAACUGUAUUUGGGACAGAUUCCAAUGAUGCCAGAAUAGCAACUGUGGAUCUAUGGACUACAGUUUUCAAACCAGAUACUGAACAAGAUGAUCCACAUGGCAUAGCAAUACUAGAUCUUUCUGAUCUCCUCAAAGGAUGCAGAUAUUUGAAGCAGACCUUGCCCAUUAGGUGUUCUGCCUCUGAGCACAAUGAACAGAGAGAGAUUAACUCAGAUACUGCAAUUCCAGUAGGUCAUUAUCUUGAAGUUAAUGCCCAACUGAAAGUCCAGGUGGAGAUAGCAUAUCCCCUCCAUUCUGAAGAUGUAAAUGACCAUGAAGACUGUCCAUUUGGUCGCAUCAUUUAUGUUUUUAGGUAUAAUAAUACUCCUAUCUUAUUCAAACUGACUUCUGAAAUUCUGCAAAUCAAUGCAGAAGCCUUUCAGCUAAAUUAUUAUCCCGAGGAAACAAUCCAAAGGGUCCUGUCUGGCCAUAUUAUAACCACUAGAGAAAGAGAAGACAAAAGGAUGAAUGUUCUCACUGGAUUUCAUCUGAUGGAUAAGGCUCUACACCUUUUUGUUUUGGAAGGACUGAAGGAUCAAGCAGUCAAAAGACUGUGGAGUACAGUGCCUAUGAAGUUGGAUGGAGAUGAGGAGGAACAGGUGACUGUGCUGUAUAACUCAGACUUUGGUUUCUCAGAGCGAUUGUAUGACACGCUUGAUGUGGGUCUGAGCCCGAUUUGCCUUCUCAAGCCACUUGCGACUAUUAUGAAGGAGCCUCUGGUGUUUAUCAGAAAUGCAGUUCCUCAUGCCUGUCUUGAAGCCAUGAAAUGUAUAAGCCACAUUAGGCAAGCCAAAAAGCUUCAAGAAGCGGUGCACAACAACCUUUUCCCUUCAGCCGACAUGCUUCUCAGUUUAAACAAGGAAUUUGGAUCGGAUGUUGGGAGAGAAGAUCUGUGGUUGGCUGCAGAGACCCAGGAAUCUCAGGAUAUACCAGACCAUCAAAACAUUAGGAAGAGAAUGUACACACCUCUAGACAACUUCAAUAGAGAAUAUUUCCAGUGGAAACGAAACAAGUGCAAAAAUGGGAAAAAUUUCAUUCAGGCAAACAUUGAAGAUGUCUACAGGGCGAGUAAUGACUUGCAGAAGUCAAAACCUUAUGUGGCUUUGGAUACCAUAACUGACAGUCAGACCAUCAAUUACCAUAAUAUUGAAACAAAUUCUACAACUCGAAGUGGAGAACAACUCUACAGGGAACUAUCAAAGAACUCCACUGCUAUUCGCUUCUUUUGCCCAGGUUUUAAGAGCAGUAUUGAAUCGAACCAGCACCCAAAGCGGCCAGACGAUGCUCGGAUAGAAGAGCUAAGAAAGCCUUGGACAGAAAACAUUCUUCAUGGGAACAAACUGAAGCCAACGCUUUCCAGAUCUAGGCUGCCUUGGAUUCAGAGAUAUCAGGAUUUUGAACUUUACUCCAAGCCUCCUUCACAGUUCGGACCAGAGCUUCCCCUGAGCAUUCAUUUGGCCGGAGAGUCUCUUCAUGAGGAGCAGAUCCAGGCUGCACGUGCUCAGCACAACAGAUGGCUGAGGAAGAUAUUGCUUGGUGAAACUUCAACAGGAAGUGGAAGUGUUCCCGAGUUCAGAUGUCACAUGAAGAGAGCCAACCUGGAUAAACUACAAGACAUACUGAAGGACAAACCAAUGAAAUAUUCUCUCAGGAGGCCAGGAAUGGCUUUAAAGCCCAUUCCCGUUAUUUCUGUGGUCCAGCUUUCUGAAACGACUGGCUCAGCAGAGGAGGAGGCCAAUAUUCCAUUUACUCCUGGACCCUUUCAGAACCACAGUCUGAGCUGGGACAAAAACGCCAUUCCAAGAUACUCAUCUCAGUACAGCAAAUUCUACUUCAGAGAUUACUGGAGGCCGCAUUCAUUCCUGCACAAGCGAAGUGUGUUACCGUUUACAGAUGAAGAGAAAAGCAUACACUUCUUCAAGAAACCUGCUGAAGUCCCACAGACGCCCGUUGUAACUGACCACUUCAAACUUAACAGAAACAUCACAGAGAUAAGAACUAACAAAGAUGUUGCCCUACAUGUGCUAUAA